AUGACGGCGCCGAAGGGCACGGCGGGGCGGCGCGUCGAGCACACCAUGGAGCUGCUAAGCUUGCCCAUGGGCUGCGGCUUUCUCGCCUCCGCCGUGGGGCUUCUGUGCAUGCUGUCGUCCGAGGUCCAGAUGGUGCGCAGGGUCUUCUUCGUGCCCCUCAUCACCGUCCAGGUGGUGACGUUCUUCCUUGGGACGUGUUCCCUCCCAUCGCUCUUGUACAUGGUCCCGUGCCAUUGCUUGAGCGUUGGGCCAGACGAGCCGGCCGGGCCGCCAGAAAAGGACACGCCCGACGCGGGCAAUGGUACGGGUGACAUCCUGCUGUGA